AUGUUCUCCAUGGUAACUGGGUUUAUGAAUUAUAGUGAACAAGCAAUACAGGCUGCGAGAUACAUCGGUCAAGGUUUUAUGGUUACCUUAUAUCACAUGAAUCGUUUACCUAUUACUAUUCAAUAUCCCUAUGAAAAAUUGAUUCCAUCAGAACGAUUUCGCGGGAGGAUCCACUUUGAAUUUGAUAAAUGUAUUGCUUGUGAAGUAUGCGUCCGUGUAUGCCCGAUCAAUCUACCUGUUGUGGAUUGGAAAGUCGGAAUAGAUAUUGGGAAAAAACGAUUGGAAAAUUAUAGUAUUGAUUUUGGAAUUUGUAUCUUUUGUGGAAAUUGUGUGGAAUAUUGCCCUACAAAUUGUCUGGCGAUGACUGAAGAAUAUGAACUUUCGACCUAUGAUCGUCAUGAAUUAAAUUAUGAUCAUAUUGCUUUAGGACGUUUACCAAUAUCGGUUGUUGAAGAUUUAACAAUUCAAACAAUUCCGAGCUGA